AUGGUGGUCCUUCGAUGCAACGGCGAGCUCCAGCUCCAGAGCCCUAAACGCUUCGCAAAAGUCGGCAAAGUUUAUGUCCUAGGUACCUCGGCGACAUCUCGACCCAACGUCGACCCAAGCUGCCGCAGCCGAGCCGCGCUGGUUUCUACGGAGAAAGAAGGUGAUGAAUUCCCCGAUUUUGUUCAGGCCGCAGCCCCUGCGCCCGAUCUCACCCCGGAGGAAUGUCUCGAGUCACAGCGGCAACUUGCGAGACAGAGUAACUUGAAUGGCACUGCUGGGGCGGCGGCUGGGGACGCGGCCAGACGUGGAGCUGACGGGGGCGGCACCACGAGCAAGUUUGGCGUAUCGUCGGCCAUGGCGGAGCCCAUCAAUACUGUCUGGGAAAGCGACGAGAGAGAAGCGGAAGAUGCGGUGUUUCAGCCGGAGAACUUCAUGUUCCUUGGCCCGGGGGCUUUUACUGAUGUCAGUCCUCUGAACGAAGAGGAGGAAGAGGCGGCGAAGAGGACUGUCGUGGGAGGUAUCGGCGAGAGAGUCGAAGGUGCUCCUAGGGGAGCGUCCGGAUCCGCAGCGGCUGCUUUGGCGAAGGGUGUCAGUCCCGUGGGUAGUGGGGAGUCGACUCCCGUGAUGAGGAAGAGCAAGCCCUCUUUGUCGCCAAAACCCAACGUCGUUGGCGACCCCGUCGAGAAUACAGCCGCCAUUGAAAGCCCUCCGGAUUACGAGACGGCCCCCGUGACCGAGAGGACCCCGGUUGUGGAAAGCGAAGUGGCUGCUGCUCUGCCGCCCGUUGCGGAAGCUGAUCCGUCUCCCAGGGCCGCAGAAGCCCCGGAUACUGCUGCAGCUCACAUGAUUGAUAGUCGCGAGAUGCCCGUCGAAAUGCUGGGAGACACGAUGCACAGACCCGAUCCUGUCGGGUUGGUAGCUGAGAUGCCCACCGAGCACACGCCCGCCUCGCACAUCGAGUUGCAUCCUGACCCUGUCGAGAUUGCCGACAAUUCAAUCCUCGCGCCUAUCGAGACGGCCAAGGCGGCGCUUGCGGGCACGGCUGGCUUUCCGGGGAGCAACAGCCACAUCGAUUGGGGAGGCGUGCGUAUCGUCCAGACAUCAGAGAGGAAGCCGCCUUCCGAGGUGGAACAGAUCCUCCUGACUGGCAAGACAACCGGCCGAGAGACUCGAGGAACGGGUCAUGAAGAAGCCGGCCAAGCUGUCGUCAGGCCUGCAGACAGCCACCAGGAGGAGCGGGCCUUUCAACCCGGUCGGCGGGAUCCGCAAACAAAGCCAAUUACUCCAAGUCCUGCGCUGGAUGAUCCUCAAACAGAGCCUACUGUCCGCUCGCCCCCCAAACUGGAGAAUCUCAGGAUUGCGAGAGAACAUCGUGGUGUGUCAAGCGCGCCGAGUACACCUGUCCGGACUCAGCCUCUGUACCGGCCCUAUGUGCCAGGCCAAACGGUUGCUCCGCACAGGCAGGCGCAACUCCCGACAUCCGAGAAGAGGCAAUCCGUCUCCCUGCAGCGCGAGGCAUCCCUCGCGAUGAACAUGAAGAGGGGCUCGCUCGCCGAGUCAAUCUGCGAGUGUGGCGGGACAAGCGCCAGACGGCAAGGUGAGGACCUGGCAGUCGAGUUUGAGUUUGGCGGAUGUGCCGUCGGUGUUGCGGCCUGCCAGAAAUCCUGGGAUCUCUCUACAGGGUGUUCCUUGGCAGCAGCAGCAGCCGGGCUUGCAGGGAGCCCCAUCAUCCGCACCAUCUCGAGGCGCGAGAUCUGA